GCUGCUGCGCCCCAACACCCGGGUCCCUGGAGACAUCGGCACCCCCCACGGUCCCCGCAGGCCCAAGCCCCUCUCCCGCCAGCCCCCAUGCAGGCCGUCGCCCUCCCAGAUGAGAUCCGUUGGCUCCUGGAAGAUUCUGAAGAUUUCUUGGCAGAAGGUUUGCGAAAUGAGAACCUCAGUGCUGGUGCAAGGGACAGCAGGGAUCACAUUCUGCGAGGCUUUCAGCAGAUCAAAGCGAGAUACUGUUGGGAUUUUCAGCCCCAAGGAGGAGACGUUGGGCAGGACAGCUCGGAUGACAGUCACAGCAUAACUCAUGUCCCGCCUCUUGCAGCCGAUGCCCCCUUUGGGUCAGAUUAUCAAGAUGAGGGACUAGAAGACAUCGUAAAAGGUGCUCAAGAGCUUGAUAACAUCAUCAAGCAAGGGUACUUGGAGAAAAGAAACAAAGAUCAUAGCUUCUUUGGGUCGGAGUGGCAGAAGCGAUGGUGUGUGAUCUGCAGAGGCUUCUUCUUCUACUAUGCUAAUGAGAAAAGCAAGCAGCCCAAAGGGACCUUUCUCAUUAAGGGCUACAGUGUUCGAAUGGCCCCUCACCUCCGAAGAGACUCCAAGAAAGAAUCCUGCUUUGAACUCGCCUCUCAGGAUAGGCGCAGCUAUGAGUUUACAGCUGCUAGUCCAGCGGAAGCCAGAGACUGGGUGGAUCAGAUAAGUUUCUUGUUAAAGGAUCUGAGCUCCUUAACCAUCCCCUAUGAAGAGGAAGAGGAAGAGGAGGAGGAAGAGAUGUAUGAUGACAUUGAUGGUUUUAACACCCCAAAUUCUGGUUCUCAGUGCAGACCCAUCAUCUCCCCCAGUAGUAUGGGGAUCCAAGAGCCAACAGAGAAGGAAGAGGAUAUUUAUGAAGUCUUACCAGAUGAAGAGCAUGAUGGGGAAGAGGAAGAGCAUGGUGCUGGGCGAAGAGGAGUGGACUAUGCCAGUUAUUAUCAAGGCCUAUGGGAUUGCCAUGGUGACCAGCCAGAUGAACUGUCCUUCCAGCGAGGUGACCUCAUCCGUGUUCUGAGUAAGGAAUACAACAUGUAUGGCUGGUGGGUAGGAGAACUAAACAGCCUCGUUGGGAUCGUACCGAAGGAGUACCUCACCACCGCCUUUGAUCUAGAAGAAAGAUGAAACCAGGAGCCAACUUCUUGCUGUUCUGCAUUAAAGAAGAAGCAGACCAUCUAGAGCUCCCAGUCACCAUUUUGGCCAUGGCCUCUCUCUUCACAGACUGAACCAAGUCUCAGCUACCUUAUCUGAGAUCCUGCGCAUCAAGCAGGAUAUACUAAACCAUAACUCAUCACUUAUGUCCGUCUCUAAUAGCGUCCACACACUCACACGUGCUUUUUCCAUGGCUAGUCACAAGGAAGAGGAGGAGGUGGAGGCAAUUUUGAGAGGAGGUUGUUGGCUGCUUUGUAAAGCACAAAUAAACUUCAGAUUCAGGUCUUU